AUGGCAGACGCAGGAGAUUGGUGCCUUAUUGAAAGCGAUCCAGGUGUUUUCACCGAAUUAAUAAAGAAAUUUAAUGUUGGUGGUAUACAAGUCGAGGAAGUAUGGAGCCUAGACUCUCAGACUAUGGAAGAAUUAAAGCAUGUGUUUCAAGCUUGGCAACCUGUACAUGGUUUAAUUUUUCUUUUCAAAUGGCAAGGCAUUAAUGGCAGUUCCGGAUCACACCCGGAUGCAGAUUUAAGCAUCGAUGAUACUGUUUAUUUUGCAAAACAAGUAAUUAAUAAUGCAUGUGCUACUCAAGCGAUUUUAUCCAUCUUACUUAACUGUCCAUCGAUUGAUUUGGGACCAGAUUUACAACAGUUCAAAGAGUUCACAAAAGAAUUUGAUCCAUAUUACAAGGGUUUAGCAAUUACCAACAGUGAACUUCUUCGUUCCGUCCAUAACAGCUUUUCUCGAUCUGAUCCAUUCAUUAUAGAUUCAUCUGAAUCAUCCUCAACUGAAAAAGAAGAUAUUUUUCAUUUUAUCUCAUAUGUUCCUGUACAUGGUGCUCUUUACGAGUUAGACGGCCUUAGUAAUGGCCCUGUAAAUUUAGGCCCAUGUACUGAUGAUGACUGGCUAGAAAAAGUUCGUCCCGUAAUACAAGAACGUAUGGCACGAUAUGCCUCAGCUGAGAUUCGAUUUAAUUUAUUAGCUCUUAUCAAAAAUCGUGAAGACGUGUAUAGAACGCGUCUUGAAACCGAUAUAAGCCUUGAAGAAAGAGAAGAAUUAUUACACAAAAUUGAAUUAGAGAAUAUCAAGUUUAAAAGAUACGAACGCGAAAACUCUUUACGCAAGCAUAAUUUUAUUCCAUUGAUAUACAAUAUUAUUCGAGUCUUGGCACAACGUGGUGAAUUGGAUGCACGUAUAGAACAUGCUAAAAAAGAGGUGGCCAAAAGGAGAAAGGAACGUGCAGAGAAGAAGAAAAAUGCUGAAGCUUCCGGUAGUAAGAAUUAA